AACAGUUUCGAGGAAGGAUAUGCUUUGACGGGUAUUAAACAUUGAAGGUGUUCUAAGUGACUUAUCGAGGUGCUCGGACACAGUACGAUGGAGCGUCCAGAGAGGGCAUUGGAUACGCAGGAGCUUAUCAACAAAGUGACGCAGUUGGACCUUGGGUCGCCUACUCGUGACAGAGAAGCUGCGACACGAGAACGCGUACAAUGGGAGUCAACAGAUAGUUACCUCAAUGCGGACGUGAACGCGUUGUCCAGGAGUAAAUCGCCUAGACGGUUCAAUGUGAGUGAACGUACUGUGAUAAUAGGCGACGAUUUGGUUCCAAUCACACCGAUACAUCGCACCGUCAGCGGGAGCUCACUGGAGUUGCAGGUGGAUGAUGAUGAUGAUGAUGAUGGUACAGAUGAGCAAGAUCUUCUCGGGCAGCGACAACAAACCACCUCAGUAAGGCAUGUAAUACCCUUAGACUUACACCUGUUGGAGGAGCUGCUGAGUCAAUUACCACUGACUGAAACCAACGCUCAUUUCCAGGGCAUUUUUGCUAACUACAUUGCCAUACUUGAAGAGCAUGAGCUAGACCCUGCAACUGAUAAGUUCAUCAUCACUGUCUAUAACCAACUACGGUCCGGCGGUGAUUAUUCAAAAUUAUACAAAGUUAUAGAUAUCUUUGUGAAGCAUCCGUGUAAUGAAGCGAUGAAACUGUCAAAUUUUCUUCAUUUCAGGGAGUUUAACAAUAUGGCCAAAUUCUUCAAAAUAUGGCUCAUAAAAAGGAGAAAGAACCAUGAAAUGGACAAGAACGUCCAAGUAUGGCAGUUGUACUUGAAGAAGAAAUACAUUGCUGCCUGGUAUUUCAGAUUGAAGAGUGUAACUGAAGAUUACCAAAACAAUGCAGAGAUAUUCGCCAAGGUGAAAUUAACGAUGAAGUUUUGGGAUAUUUGGAGAGCAAACUUUGAAGAAUGCCAGGAAUUAGAAACUGUGUGUGAUUUGCAAACACAAUCGAAAAUAUUGUCCAAAUGGGUUGACAGGCUUAAUUCGUCGGAGAAAGGCAAGGAACUUUACUCUACGAACUUGUUACGUAAAAUAUUCAAACAAUGGAGGUUGAAGUCAAUAACAGUGCAAAGAAUCCUGUCGGUUUUCUUUGCCAAGUGGACAAAGAAAGCGAGACAACUAGAAGUUAUGGAGCAAUGCGCUUCUGAUUUGGAGAUGGCUCUUCUCGGUGGAUUCUUUUUCACCAAAUGGAAAGGUAUCAUGUCUAGAUCGUUAGGCCAGACACAUCAAUUGGAGGAAAUACACAAAGCAUAUUCAAAAGAGAAGUUUUUGAGUUUAUGGAGGUAUAAUUUAUUCUUAAAGUUGAAACAAAACGAAGUCAUCGAGAAGCGCAGGGAAUUUCUCAAACAGUUUGUAAUGAAUCAGUUCAAAAGGAAGUUUGAAAACGAUCAGAAAGCUCAAAAGUUCUUGGACAAUUUACGAGGUAAAUUAAUGGCCAGGUAUUUUGGCUCUUGGUAUUACAAACUAACUCUGAGGAAGUAUGAGCGGUCUAUUGAACAAGGUACAUUUCAGUCAUGGAGAGAGAAGGUAAAGUUGAAAAAGUUGGGAAAGUAUCACGAGGGCUUUGUCCAGCAAAUAUUUCUCAACAAAUGGAUCAAAAAAUAUACCCAGGUGAUGGACUCUUCAGAAUUGGCGAAAAAGGCUAUGGACUCGUAUACCAAGGUCAUUUAUUUCGAAAACUGGAAGCGUAGUUUAACCGAGUUAUGCAUGGAUAGCAAAGCUGCAGACAGAAUGGCCAUCAAGAAGUUCUUUACAAAACUAAGCGCAAAGAAGCGGUCAAUCGAUGAAAUGACCAUCAGAGCAGCCAAUGUAUACAAAGAAGAUCCUUGGAAUACGGUCAAGACUUUGUUCUUUCAGAAGUGGAAUGAUGCGUACGAUAACAGAGUUGAGAUCAAAUUGCUACCAAAGAUUUCAGAGUUUGAAGCACAGAUUUCCAAGACCCGGACUUUGAACGCCUUGAGAGCUUGGUAUGACCGGUACCAAACUUAUCUGGAUCAGGAAAUCUUGUUUAAGCGUGAUUUCUUGAAGGAGACUUUAUUGCGUCCAACAUUUGAUCGUUGGUUACAGCAGUACGAUCUAUUUAACGAUCUGGAACAAAGGGCUAAUGGCAUGAACGAAACAAACCUCUUGUCUACAGGGUUGACAAAGUUGCAGUUGGCCUAUCUCAGGACGCAAGAAUUGCAGCUGUCCCUUGUGGAGUUUGAGGAAGAGAGGGACUUGAAAUUGAGCAUGACGUAUCUUAACCUUUGGUCCAUUGAACUCAUGAAAGCCCGCCGGGACAAUGAGGCUGUUGACAAAUUUAGAUCACGGUGGAGUCGGGCCCGCCUCAGGGGAAUUCUUUCAUUGUGGAGAUCAAAACUAGAAGACACUAUGGAGAGCACCUUCAGAGCACUAAGCGAUGAGUCAUUUGACCCUGAUGAUUCGCCGACGCGGGGGAAGUCUCCAAUUAGCAGCUUUGAAGCCAUGAUAACACCGCAGAAGUUCACUCGUGAUCCAUUAGAGACCUCGAGUCUGUUGUACAGCGGUGGUAGAUCAACUAUGCCGGGAUCUGAGAGAAUAAGGAGAAAGCGCAUGGAGGCUCUUAAGGUGCGUUAUUCACAGGUUAAGAAGGCCAUUCCGAGUCCAUUGAAGAAAGAUAGGAAACUUGAUGAUUCCUUUCUCUCAACUCUAUGGAAGAAUGAUGAACCCAUAUGACGACAACAAUCUCGCUAUAGAAAUAUUUGUUUCAAUAACUUAUGAAGUACAUGCGUUGUAAACUGAGGGGGGGGGGGCAUGAGCUAACCACAGGGGACCAGGAACAUUUUAUCAACCCAACAGAAUGAUGUAGUUCCGAUUUCCGACCACGUCCAGGAACAGGAUUAUUAA